CUGGGCCCGUUUGCUCGAAGAGCUAACCGCGGUUAGCGUUGGCCAAAGUCCCUAGUAGGUACCGAAAGUACCUAGUUGUACCUACGUUGUACCUACUACGAAACUUUAAUGGCUGGACAUAAAACAAAUCCGUCCUUUAUUAUUGGGCUGGAGCCUGCGCCACCUUGUGCUGAAAAAAAUAAAUCGUUAUUUUUUUAUGAUACAACGUUUGCUUUAUGGGAACCGUUUUCGGCUAAAUCUAGUUGUAACUUGCAAGAAACGUUUGCUCAAUUGAAAAGAAAAAGGAUAGUUUCUUUUUUGCAUCGAAAUUCUUUCUUUCGAAGUGUGGAAGCGUAGACAAGACACCUAGUCAAAGUGCUUUGCAGUUUUCUGUUGUCGUGUUUUGCAAAAAGCAAGUGCGUCGACCGUCGCUUCCAAGUCUGGCAACGCCGUGUGUGCCGUGUCGCGUGCACGGCGUUUGUUUAUACAACCAGUUUCGCCUCGUUGCACGCAACGCGCGUUUCUCGUUUUCGGUUAUCAUCUGAGUUUUCCUGUCUGUAUUCUGCCCUUCGACCGACCGACCCACCGACAAACCCUCCGACCGGCCACGGACUGACUGAUAAGAUUUGCGGACCGAUUUCCGACUUUGCUACCGGGCAGAAUGUCCAACGCAAGGAAUCGCCGACACAGAAGAGACCGCACGGACGCGCAGUACGCAGCGGCAAUGAUGAGGCGACAGCGUGUGCUGCGGGACCGCCUGAACCCCUUUGAGGAUUUCGACGAGGAUGGGCUGCAGCAACGGUUCCGAUUUGGAAGAGCGGGCAUAAUGUUUCUCGCCGACACACUGCGUCCGGACUUGGAGCGCCGUACACGUCGUAGCCGCGCCCUCUCUGCGGAGCAGCAAGUGAUCAUCGCCUUGCAGUUCUACGCAACUGGGAACUUUCUGAUCACUGCAGGCGACUACAUCCGCGUUCAUGUGUCAAGUGCUUCACGGGCUGUGAGGCAAGUCACCGUAGCGCUGGCUCGUCGAGCACAAGACUUCAUACGAUGGCCUGACGCUGCGGAGGGGGCAGCCUUGCAGCACAAGUUCUACGACAUGGCCGGCUUUCCUUUGGUCGUGGGUGCUGUUGACGGUACCCAUGUCCGGAUCCAGGCACCCCAUGUGCACGAGGAGGCGUACGUCAACCGCCAUGGAUACCAUUCCAUCAACGUACAGGUGGUCGUUGACGCCUCUUCUCGGAUUCGCAACGUGGUUGCAAGGUGGCCUGGAAGCACCCACGACUCUCGGAUCUUCACGGAGAGCACCUUGGCAGUCAAGCUGGCCAGUGGAGAGUACGACGGCCUGCUGCUUGGUGACAGCGGCUACUCCUGUCAACCUUGGCUGAUGACGCCAUUCCUGUCGCCGUCAUCAGCAGCCGAGGUCGCAUACAAUACGGCACACACGACGACAAGAAGCAUUGUUGAACGGACAAUCGGCCAACUCAAGCGGAGGUUCCAUUGCCUUCACGCUGAGCUCCGAAUGGCUCCAGAACGGUGCUGCGACAUCAUUGUCGCGUGCUGUGCCCUCCACAACCUGGCCAAGAGGUACCCCUGCAGGACACCCGUGGCCGCCAUCCCCGCUGAGGUUCCCGUUGAGCCCGUAGCAGCCAACCGUGCUGAGAGCAACGAGGCCCGAGACUUUAUUGUCAACCAUUUCUUCGGCUAAGUAUCCUGCUGUCGCUCGGCCCUUCUCUGGUACUGCUGUGCAGCCUCACGGGUCCAGCGCUGGUUGUGCUGCACAACAGGAGAGGCCAGUGUUCUCUGUGCUGCGUCGUCUUCAACUGUACUGCUGCCAGAUGACGAGGGUGGCGGCGUCGUCACCCUUCCCGUGCAGCUGCUGUAGUGACACGCAUGACCAGGAAAUUGUUUGAGGUUAAAGGGAUACUACAACAAAAUUUCGGGUUUCAUUUUUUGGUCUAUAUGUGUUCGAAGGAGCAGUAUCACAUCGAACACAACAAUAUCUUGUUAAAAAAGUCACGAAAAGGAAUUUUAAAACGAAUUAAGCGAUUGGCAAAGAGCACCAGGUGGAUGUCGCUAACGCCUCGUUUGUAAUGCCAGUCUCAGAACCUUGACAGCUAGUGACGGUAACUGUCUCGCCUCCGGCUACCACAAUAGAAGAGGGGAAGGAGGAACUCUCCUCUUCCAAAGAAUCCUUUCUGUAUGUCCCAGAAGUUGCUAUUGUCCCCCUGCAAGAUUAUAAAAGAUUAACCCUUCACUCAAAAUUCGUACAAAAGCAGCCGCUUUGGUGGCUGGAACGACUAGGCCAUCCUCUCGACGUCAGCCUCGUCGCAGCUUUGCUCGUCCCGAGACGAACUACGUCACGAUUGCGUUGGGUGUCACAUGCUCUCCGCUGGCUGUUCUCCGAGCGCUUGUCAGGGUGGGCCGUUUGUAACGAAAACUAUAGCCACCAGGUUCAAAAUACAAACGUGCGAUUGUCAUUUAGGGAUACAGUGGAUCAUAUUCAACCUAUUUUUGAACACGACGGGUAUAUUUUUAAUUUCGUUGAGGUAUCCCUUUAACGCAUAAGCCUUUACAACGAUUAUCAGCAAACUUAAAAACCCAGGUCACUGACUGGCUGUGGAUGGCAGCCCGAGGUACAAUAUUGUCCUGCAUAAAGUUAAUGCUCGGGACGUGUUCCGAGCAUGCGCAGUGAGAAAAAUGGCAGCUCACAGAGGGCUAUUGUUGGGCAGGAGUGAACUUGUAAAUUUCAGCAUAACUUAGCAAACUGCAAGGGCUACAGCUCCAGAGAGCUGCUCAGAGCAUUGAAGCAAAGGAUUGUGACUAGACACCAUACUCGUGCACGUACGUCCUCCGUGACAUGAUUCUCUCCGUCCUCUAUCUCUCCAAGUGAUGCAUGAGGGCUGCAGUGCAUGACAUUUUUGACGUCACCCUGGAUCAGGGUACAUAUAUGUGUGGGAGAACUGAGUGCAACGUGCGGCAACCUUAAUCCAGAUGUGACAGUAACACUUGUCAUAAUUUUACCACAUAUGUUGGUGGUACAACAGACUGGAGUGCCUAACCCCGCAACUUUGUUUCAUUGGCGGUUGGUAGAGUCGCCACAUAGACAUUUGUACAAGAUUUAAAACAAGUAGAUGUGGCACACUCACACCAGCCGUCAUAUGUGAUUAUUGUGUACCCAAGCACUGUCCGGCUAACUGGGACAUUGAUACUUUUUCAGAUUUUGUUGGCACAGAUCAGCAUCGAAUAAGUCAUUGGUGCAUUCUCAACUUAAUCUCAUAAGCGUUACCAAAAAAGAAUGGAUUUUUGCUACGUUAGCAGGCAUGUACGAAGAUCAUGCAAAAACAUUUCCACUGACAGUGGAAAAAUUUGGGUAUUGAGUGACCUGACUUUGAAGAAAAUAGGUGAUCUCAACUUGAGAGAAAGACUACCAUAGCUUUGUUGAUUAUGAUGUAAAUAUUUCUUUGUAAUUUUGUGGUACAAAUAGUUUCAAACUGUGAGUUUUACUGCAUUUACCCUAAUAAAUGGUUUCAUUGGCACUUUUUCAGCAGUGCAGAAAUGGCUAAAUAUGUGAAGGUGGUGUCCUUGUGCUGUGUUCUGUUCUCUACUGGACAGGUUUUGACUCGUGCUCCUAAUAUUGUCGUUUUGCUUCAUGAAGUUGGUCUCUAUGUAAGGGCACGCAGCAGUAGUGUUAUGCAACUGACAUGUCUACUUUGAGAUGGAAAACCAAUAUAUUCUUUUAUGACAAUCCAAACUGUUCCCUAUGCUCAUCAAUGUUUUCUAGGAGCAUGCCAACAAUUGGUGACUUUUGAUAUGCCUUGUGUCUGUGCUCAGUUUCAUACCUAUCAUCAGUGACAGCAGAACAUCCCUAUCAUCAGUUUCAUAACUAUCAUCUUGUGGAAGUACUCAUAAUGUGACGAGCAGAACAGAAAAAGAAUGCACCUUCAGCGCGUGCUCAUUCUCUUCUGCUGCUUGUGCAUCCUUGUGCUGUCAGGGCUAGUAAGCUGUAACUGGGUGCAGAGCUUCCACUGUACUAUCGCCUCCAUUGUCACAGUCUACAUACAGUGUGCAAC